AUUCGCAUGAUGUAAAGCUUUUCAAGGACGUAGUUGCCCUGCACAUGUGAAAAUCCAACAACGGUAGAAAAGCAUGGAUCCUAACAAGUUAAAAGAUUUGCUAACCAAAGGUGGUAAAAAGGGUGGCAGAUUUGGAAUUGGCCUGGCAGCAGUUGUUGGAGCUGCAUUAGGAAUUCAACAGUCAUUUUACACAGUUGAUGGAGGUCACCGAUCAAUCAUAUUUAGUCGCAUUGGUGGGGUCCAAAAGCAAGUCUUUUCUGAAGGGCUUCAUUUCAGAGUACCAUGGUUUCAGUAUCCCAUAAUAUAUGACAUAAGAGCAAAACCAAGAAGAAUUACAUCACCAACUGGAAGCAAAGAUUUGCAGAUGGUGAACAUCUCUUUAAGAGUCUUGGCGAGACCAGAUCAAACAUUUCUUCCACAGAUUUACAGACAGAUAGGCACAGACUAUGAUGAGAGAGUGCUGCCUUCAAUUUGUAAUGAGGUUUUAAAGUCAGUUGUGGCUAAGUUCAAUGCCUCACAGUUAAUCACACAGCGUCAACAGGUCAGUAUGCUGAUCAGGAGAGAACUAACCGAGAGGGCACAAGACUUCCACAUUAUUUUGGAUGAUGUGUCUAUAACAGAGCUUAGCUUUGGAAAAGAAUACACAGCUGCUGUUGAGGCUAAACAGGUUGCCCAGCAAGAAGCACAGAGAGCCCAGUUCUAUGUUGAGAGGGCAAAACAAGAGAAACAGCAGAAAAUAGUGCAGGCUGAUGGUGAAGCCCAGGCUGCCAAACUUAUAGGAGAGGCUAUUCAACAAAAUCCUGGCUUUUUGAAACUUAGGAAGAUUCAAGCUGCCCAAAAGAUUGCCAAAACUUUGGCGUCUGCACAGAAUCGUGUGUAUCUACAGUCUGGAAGUUUAAUGCUGAAUAUUACCGACAAAGACUUUGAUUCAAACCUAGAGAGUCUUCAAAAGAAACGAUAAUUGAACAAACUGGAAAAAAAUCUGAUUUUUUCUAUCAUUACAGAUAAAUAUUAUACAUGAUCAAGUUAUGGGGGCAGUUAUUAACUUUCUCAUUGUUGGAACAUGUAUAUUCUAUACAUAUGAUCAUAUUGAAUUAUUCCACAGAGUACCUUUAUACAUGCCCAAUAAACAUUGAUUGACCGAGUUUGUGAAUGGAGGAAAGUAAUUCCUUUUGUCAUGUUGUGAAUAGAAAUAAAAUGGAAAUUAGUAUUGAAA